GGAAGGAAAUGGCUAAUAUUGCUAACAGCAUCGUCUUUGGGGGUGUUGUUGGGGUUGCAGCACAACUUCCUCAAUCUCCGUUUCCAUCAUUACCCGUUUCAAAUUCUCCCAUUUUCACCCAAAAACGCAAACUUUAUCUUAAUUGCUCCAAAACCAACCGCAUAACAAUCCCUUUCCCUUCUUCUUCUUCUUCUUCUUCAUCACCGUUCAGCAGCAAGUGUUGUUGCUAUGUGUUGGCGUGUCUCCCUCAACCACAUGCUUCUGAUUCAUCAUCAUCAUCAACUUCUUCUAAUUCCAAUAGCAAACCAAGUUCUUCUUCUGCUGCUCCUCCUUCAACUAAGCUCUAUGUUAGUGGGUUAUCUUUUCGAACCACUGAAGAAAGCUUGCGAAAUGCAUUUAUGAAUUUUGGUCAAGUUUUAGAAGUGAAUUUGGUGAUGGAUAAAAUUGCAAAUAGACCAAGAGGGUUUGCAUUUCUUAGAUAUGCAACUGAACAGGAAUCUCUGAAGGCUAUUGAGGGAAUGCAUGGAAAGUUCUUGGAUGGUAGGGUCAUAUUUGUGGAAGUUGCCAAACCAAGAUCAGAACUAAGGCAAAGACAAAACACUAGAUACUAGCAAUGCACUGAAACAUGCAGAGAAGGCUACACGCAUUAGCCAUGUCUGGAAUUGUACUUGAGUCUCUCUCUAUAAACAAGGUCCUUACUUGAUGAGACCUUCUACCACAGGAUCGCCAUGAAUUCCAAGUCAUGCUUUAUUUGCAAUGGAAUCCCAUUUGAGUAUUCAUUGAACAUUUUUUUUUGUUACUCUCUUAUACAAUGUGUGGCUAAUGUAUUAAUUGAUUAUCUGGCUUGAUUAGCUAAGAUAUAUAUUUUAUUAUUUGAAUUGUGCUUUGUUACCAGAAAUGCAGAUCUUGAUUACCAGUUUGACUUCC